ACACACACACACACACACACACACACACACACACACACACACAUACGGAAACAACACACAACAUCACAGAGGCUGAGAUAACCUGACAGUUUUCAGCUCCAGGAUUCAAUUUCAGGGAUUCUUCAUUUUGUCGUGUCACCCGGAGCCUCCUCAGCGACCAUGAAUCCUGAAUAUGACUACCUGUUCAAACUUCUUCUGAUCGGUGACUCUGGAGUCGGAAAGUCAUGUCUGUUGCUGCGCUUUGCGGAUGACACCUACACUGAGAGCUACAUCUCCACCAUCGGAGUCGACUUUAAGAUCAGGACCAUCGACAUGGACGGGAAGAUGGUGAAACUACAGAUUUGGGACACAGCCGGUCAGGAGAGAUUUCGAACCAUCACCUCCAGCUACUACAGAGGAGCGCACGGCAUCAUCAUCGUCUACGACGUCACCGAGCAGGAGUCCUUCAACAACGUGAGGCAGUGGCUGGACGAGAUAGAUCGCUACGCCUGUGACAACGUCUCCAGGCUGCUGGUGGGGAACAAGUGUGACCUCGUUGGUAAGAAGGUGGUGGACGCCGGCGCCGCUCAGGACCUGGCCUCGUCUCUGAAGAUCCCCUUCCUGGAGACGAGUGCUAAGAGCGCUGAUAACGUGGAGAGGGCUUUCCUCACCAUGGCCUCCGAGAUCCACAAGCGCGUGGCCAGCGAGGGAGGGGGGGUGCAGGCCGAGUCCAAAGAGGCCAGGGCCCAGAAUGCCAAGAUCAGCAGCACCCCCCUGUGGCUGGGAGGGGAGAAACAGGCGCAGGAGGCCGGGAACUGCUGCUGAGCUGGGAGAGA